AUAGAUUUCAGGACAUUAUUUACGAUUCAGAGAGACCCGUAUAAAGCCUUUGUUUGAUUAAACUUCAGCAUUUCAUCUCUCAAAUUAAUAAUCUUAUCAAUUAAGGAAUUUAUUCUCAUAUAGAAGUGUCCAGUCCGUAUAAAGAGCAGUGUUUGUGUUAUUUCCGCGGCGAUGGAGAGUAACAUGAUCGACGAGGUGAUCUCAGGUGUCUGUGACCCGUCCGCCCGAAAGCCUCACCGGGCGGCUCUGAUUCUGGCCCGCGGUGGCAGUAAAGGAAUCCCUCUGAAGAACAUCAAGAAUCUGGCCGGUGUUCCUCUCAUCGCGUGGGUUCUGAGAGCUGCCUUGGAUUCAGAAGUCGUUGACAGCGUGUGGGUUUCCACGGAUCAUGAUGAGAUCGAGCGCGUCGCAAGAGUCUGGGGCGCAAAAGUUCAUCGGCGCAGUCCUGAAGUGUCCAAAGAUUCGUCCAGUUCACUGGAGACCAUCCAGGAGUUCAUCCGAGUGAGACCCGAGGUGGACAUCAUCUGUCAUAUUCAGGCCACGUCUCCAUGUCUUCACCCUCAUCACAUCAGAGAAGCCCUGCAGAUGAUCACUGAACAGGGCUGUGACUAUGUGUUUUCGGUGGUUCGCAGACACCAGUUUCGCUGGGAGAAAGAUGGUAAGAAUCUGACAUCUCCGAACCUUGACGUGGCGUGCAGGCCUCGACGACAAGAUUGGCGUGGAGAACUCUACGAAAACGGCUCUUUCUAUUUUAGCACAAGAAAGGCUUGGGAAAAUGGCCUUAAACAGUUGGAGAAGAUGGCCUACUAUGAAAUGCUGCCUGAGUACAGCGUUGAUAUCGAUGUGGACAUCGACUGGCCUGUCGCUGAACAGAGAGUUCUGAGGUUUGGCUACUUUGGCCGAGAGGAGAAAGCGUUGGUCAGGCUGUUUCUGUGUAAAGUGUCUGGCUGUUUGACGAACGGACAAAUAUUCACAUCGGUUUCAGGCGAGGACCAUGUGGCCAUCAAUGCUCGAGACGUGGCAGGCAUACAGAUGCUGCAGAGAGACAAUAUAGAGGUGAUCCUCAUAUCCAACAUCAAUGAGCCGCUGUCCAGGGGUCUCCUGGAGAAGGUUGCCCAGUUGAUUGGCUGUGGACUUCAAUUUGUAGAGCAUCAGAAUGGGUUUGAGAUGGAGAAGCUGAUGAUGGAGAAGAAAGUGUGUUGGGAUGAAGUGGCCUUCAUGGGUUCAGAGUCUGAAGACAGAGAGAUCCUGUCUCAGGUGGGACUGAACGGCGUCCCGUCUGAUGCACCCGUGGCGGAUCUCAUCGCGGCCAAAUACAUGUGUCAGAGACCCGCCGGAAACGGAGCAGUUCGUGAAUUUGCCGAGUACAUUCUGAUGCUGAAGAAAAGAGCUUGA